GCUUUGCGGCUGGUAGGACACUUAGCCGCCUCUUCCCCAAACGGAGCUCUGAACUCUGGCCUCGCGGGCUCCCGCCUGGGUGCUGCCCAUUCCGCUUCAGGGGUUCCAUUGGAACCCUCGCCUUCCUCUCCUGCCAGGAGCACCUGCGGACUAGGGCGGCCUGGUCCGGGUCGGGCUGAUCUGGAUGAGACUCUUACCCGAGAAUGCUUCUCCCGAUUCUGGCCGGGGUUCCUUUCUAGCCUCUCUUCCCAAGACCCAGCUCGAUGGAGACACUCCGGGUGCCUAUUGCUGUUGGCUGGAUCGUCCGGGAGCUGCACAGCCAACUCCCAGUAGGGGCCGCUCCCCACUCCCCAGACUCUCUCUUAAAGCCCCUCGUUCAAGGUACCCGCCUCUCCGAAGGGCCCGUCCAGCUUGGGGGGCAGCGCUCCCUGGGGUCCCGCACUGGGCGCCGACUCUAGAUCAACAGAGGGGAGGCGCGAGGGGCGGAGGAGGGUCGGCUUCCCACGUGGGGGCUGACGCCGGCUGCUCGGCAACGCCGGCUUGAUCCUGGGGCUAUAAAACGAGUCCACCGUAGCGCCGCGGAACAGCAGCGGCUCCGGCUCCGGUGCAGACGCCCAGCAGCCGGCGCGCCGCCUCCCCGCCACCCCAGCGCCUUCUUUCCCUAGUCCUGCGCUCUUGCUGCAACUCACGCUGUCCUCGGCCCCCAGCCCGUCCUGCUGAGCUUCGCGCCCACCGAGCCGACGCCUAGGAGACACCCUGCCUCAGCCUUGGCUCUUGGAGGGCGGAUCGCUCACCUGGCGCGGCACGCCUGAGGACGGGGGCGCCUUCAUGCGGCCUCCACACCCCUCACGCCGCUGCCGUCCCCGAGCUCCGCGUGCUGCGCCCCAGCCCCAGCAGGGCGCGCAACUUUGGAAGUCCCGCGGCGCUCGGAGAAGCGGCAGAGUCCGCGCCCUGGCCGGUGUUAGGGCCCAGCCCGCACCGCCGCGUCUGCGGGAAGCUCCAGAGUCGGUAAUCGCUUCGGGAAUAUAGACAGACAUAGGACCCUGAGCUCGCAUCUCAGCACCUCUUGGCUGCCUCCUGGGGUGGGGGCGGGCCCCGCACACGAAAUAAAACUUGGCUGUGCUUAGGAGCUUGGAGAGAGAAGGCCCCCACCCCGAGCCGCUAAAGCACCGGCGGGCGCUGUUCGCGGGACCCGGGCCCAUGGGCCACUAGCUGUCCCCCCAGCUUGGGCCCGGCUUCCUUGGGGCCCCCUCCCUAUGUGAGACGCGGCGGGGUGAGUGGGUCGCCGGAGGAAGAGGAGGACCCACGGGCGCCGGCCGGAAGGCAGCUGGCACCAGGUCCAGGCGAGAGGGCGCCGCGUUCAUGUUCCGCCAGGAGCAGCCGCUGGCCGAGGGCAGCUUUGCGCCCAUGGGCUCCCUGCAGCCGGACGCCGGCAACACAAGCUGGAAUGGGACUGAGGCGCCAGGGGGCGGUGCCCAGGCCAUCCCUUACUCCCUGCAGGUGACGCUGACGUUGGUGUGCCUGGCUGGCUUGCUCAUGCUGCUCACGGUGUUCGGCAACGUGCUGGUCAUCAUCGCGGUGUUCACCAGCCGUGCUCUCAAGGCUCCCCAAAACCUCUUCCUGGUGUCUCUGGCCUCGGCGGACAUCCUGGUGGCCACGCUGGUCAUUCCUUUCUCGCUGGCCAACGAGGUCAUGGGCUACUGGUAUUUUGGCAAGGCAUGGUGCGAGAUCUACCUGGCGCUCGACGUGCUCUUCUGCACGUCGUCCAUUGUGCACCUGUGCGCCAUCAGCCUGGACCGCUACUGGUCCAUCACGCAGGCCAUCGAGUACAACCUGAAGCGCACGCCACGCCGCAUCAAGGCCAUCAUCGUUACUGUGUGGGUCAUCUCGGCUGUCAUAUCCUUCCCGCCGCUUAUCUCCAUCGAGAAGAAGGGCGGCGGUGACGGGCAGCAGCCGGCCGAGCAGCGCUGCGAGAUCAACGACCAGAAGUGGUACGUCAUCUCGUCGUGCAUAGGCUCCUUCUUCGCGCCCUGCCUCAUCAUGAUCCUGGUCUACAUACGCAUCUACCAGAUCGCCAAGCGCCGCACCCGCGUGCCGCCCAGCCGCCGAGGUCCGGACGCCGCUGCCGCGCAGCCCGGGAGCGCCGAACGCAGGCCCAACGGCCUGGGCCCCGAGCGCUGCGCGGGCCCCGCGGGCGCAGAGGCCGAGCCGCUGCCCACCCAGCUCAAUGGCGCCCCGGGGGAGCCCGCACCGGCCGGGACGCGCGAGGCCGACGCGGUGGACCUGGAGGAAAGCUCCUCCUCGGAACACGCUGAGCGACCCCCGGGGCCCCGCAGACCCGAGCGCGGCCCCCGGGCCAAAGUCAAGGCUCGGGCGAGCCAGGUGAAACCCGGGGACAGUCUGCCCCGGCGCGGGCCAGGGGCAACCGGGCCUGGGGCUUCGGUGGUGGGGCCCGGGGAGGAGCGCGGCGGGGGCGCCAAAGCGUCGCGCUGGCGCGGGCGGCAGAACCGCGAGAAGCGCUUCACGUUCGUGCUGGCGGUGGUCAUCGGCGUGUUCGUGGUGUGCUGGUUCCCCUUCUUCUUCACCUACACGCUCACGGCCGUCGGCUGCUCGGUGCCACCCACGCUCUUCAAGUUCUUCUUCUGGUUUGGCUACUGCAACAGCUCGCUGAACCCGGUAAUCUACACAAUCUUCAACCACGACUUCCGCCGCGCGUUCAAGAAGAUCCUUUGCCGCGGGGGUAGGAAGCGGAUCGUGUGAGCACGCUGCCCACACCCGGCUCACAGACUGGCGCCAAUUGCAGGCCCUGGGCAUCCAGGGGAGCAUCUUCACAUCAGCCCUAGCACUUUGAAUCCCAGGCCCCGCCUGCUCCGUGUUUCCUGGCCUGGAGGGUGCUCUGCGGCCUCCUGCGGACAUUUGUUCCACAAGGGAAAAGUUCAGCUGGCUGGGAAGGCCACAUACACCCUCAAUAUUUGUUAUGGCCUCUCCUUACCUGGAGAGAUUUUUUUUUUUUUUUCCUGGUGGGACGCUCCUAAUCAGUAUUGUUUCCUAAAGGUUUAUUUGCCCUCCCAAGUUCUCCCAGCUCUUCAGAGCAAGCACAGGACUCCAGGGGGCAAGGCUCCCAAAGGAUUAAUGAAUGGGGUUUUCCCAGCACUGGCCAACUGCUCCUCUCAACCCCUAAUUGUCUAUUUUUAGAAAAACACUCAGGGCAGCCCUGCCCGCCCACCUCACCCCCACUGUAAAUACACACUAUUUUUUGAUAGUAUACCCUGGGGUCCCUCCCCAGCGUCAUGUGGCCUUGGCUGUGACGUUGAAAUCCUGCUUGUGGAGAUGCCCUCCAGGCAGACACAGCAAAAGGCCGAGCCGCUUCGCCAUGCAAGCCGUCUUCUAGUGUUGUUAUAUCCCUCUAUGUCCGGUUCACCAGCAACUGGUGACUGUCUUUUGGACGUGGAUCUGCUUUGAGAUUUCCUGACAGGGAAAAGAUUUUUGUCCAUUUUUUUUUCCUGUGCCUAUCAGCAUAAUUGCCUUUUCCUAUGUAAAUAUUACAAGGGUGGACCUAGACAGAAAUAAGUGAACCUCUCCGCCUUGCAUCAGUCCUGUAUAAAGCCAUUGUCCUCUGAGGCACACUUGGCCCCAGAAACUCACUUUAAAACUGACUCUUUCUGGUGCCCCAUCCCUCCCCUGGGGGCCACUACUUGAAGAAGAAUAUGUAUGUUUCUAUCUUGUAUGUAUGUGCCCAUCUCCCAGAAAUCGCUGACUUAGGGGAAAUCUUUUGGCUGCUGUUUUUAGUCACAAAGGAGUGGAAAUUAUGUGGAAGAAGCAAACCUGAUACAAUUUGCCCAAGGUAAACAGUUUGAAAAGACAAAUGGGCCUUCCAAACUGUACAGAUCCUGCCCCAAGAGCUCUUAGGUAUCAAAGUGUUGUCCUGUUUCCUGCUUUUCUGGCUGAGAUCAUGUCGCUGAUGAACUGCCAAAGACAGGGGAGGAGGUGGAGAUUUCGUGUUUACAUCCCAGUUUCUACAUGUUUUAGACGGAGAAAAUUUAAGGCCUGCGCUCUUAUUUCACUAAAAAAAAACUAAUGUCAGCACAUGUUGCUAAUGACAGUGGAUUUUUUUUUUAAAAUAAAAUGGUUUACAGAUCAAAUGUGAAAUAAACAUGAAUUAAGUGGUC